AUGGAUGUGCACAAGAAGGUUCUAUCAGAGAAGAGCAAGUUUUUCAUGGAGAAGAUGAAGUCUCGAAGAGAGAAUGGCGUCUCUCAGCCUCACAUUGUGGAGUGUGAUGAUGUUGAGACGUAUGUGGAGACUGUGGUGUUGAUGUACUGCGAUGAUCUCAAGAACAAGCUGAUUGGUGAAAAUGUCUUCAAAGUCUUGGCUUUGCUUAAGGUUUCUUCAGCUAUAGUGUUUGAGGAGGGGAUAAAGUCAUGCUUGGAGUACUUAGAGGCGGCUCCAUGGUCAGAAGAAGAGGAACAAACCGUUGUGUCUUGUAUUGAAAAGCUUGAUCUUGCUGGUUCAACCGCCAAUUCGGUUCUAGAGAGAGUAUCAGUAUCAUCCUCUGACUUUCCAGAAGUAUAA